AUGGCUGAUCGAGAGAUUCUGCCGGGCAACUUUGUGCCCAGCCACUACCAGCUGCGGAUCACGGACUUGGACUUUGUGCAGUGGCAGUACCGCGGCACGGUCGUGAUUGACGGACGACUGGCUGAGACGACGACGGAGGUGGUGUUAAACGCGUUUGAGCUGGACAUUGACAGCGCCUCGCUGGCGGUGAUCGACGAGAGCGGCACGACAACGCUGACACGAACAGCUGCCAUCUCAUACGACACGGAGCGGCAGCGGGCAGUGCUCGACUUUGGCAAAGACAGCGUGCCGGCGUCAGAACGGGCAUCGUUGACGCUGGCGUUUGGUGGACGGUUGAACCACGACCUCGCGGGCUUCUACCGGUCGCAGUACCGAGCAGCCGGCAGCGACAAGACGGCAGUAGCACCAUCGACACCGCACGACGACGAGUACCACUACAUGCUGAGCACGCAAUUUGAGGCGUGCGACGCGCGGCGGGCCUUUCCGUGCUUUGACGAGCCCAGCCUCAAGGCGACGUUUGACUUUGGCAUCGAGAUCCCUGUGGAUUUGGUGGCGCUGAGCAACAUGCCAGUGCGCGAAGAACAGGCAACAAAGGCCGAGACGAAGAUGGUGCUGUUCGAGACGACGCCAGUGAUGAGCACAUACCUGCUAGCCUGGGCGGUCGGCGACUUUGAGUACGUGGAGGCCGAGACACAGCGGACAUACAGCGUUGCGGGCAGCGAGCAGAAACAACGGCUGCCCGUCCGGGUCUACACCACACGCGGACUCAGCGAACAGGGCCGAUGGGCACUGCAGCACGCGCCGGCCUACAUCGACUUCUUCAGCGACCGGUUCGGCAUCGACUACCCACUGCCCAAGGCCGACAUCCUGGCCGUGCACGAGUUCACGCACGGCGCCAUGGAGAACUGGGGCCUGGUCACGUAUCGGACCACGGCCAUCCUCUUUGACGAGCAGCGGUCCGAGGGUCGUGCCCGCAAUCGGAUCGCCUACAUUGUGGCCCACGAGCUGGCCCACCAGUGGUUUGGCAACCUCGUCACCAUGGACUGGUGGGACGAGCUCUGGCUCAACGAGGGCUUUGCCACCUGGGCCGGCUGGCUCGCCACCGAGGCCCUUCAUCCAGACUGGGAUGUCUGGGCCCAGUUUGUCAACGAGGGCAUGGCCAAGGCCCUGCGACUCGACGGCCUGCGCUCGUCCCAUCCGAUCCAGGUCCCGGUGCGCGACGCCCUGGCCGUGAACCAGGUCUUUGACGCCAUCAGCUACCUCAAGGGCUGCUCCGUCAUCCGCAUGCUGGCCGACCAUGUCGGCACCGACGUCUUUCUCGCCGGCGUCUCUGCCUACCUGAAGCGUCAUCGCUACGGCAAUGCCAAGACGACCGAUCUCUGGGCCGCUCUGUCCGCCGAGUCUGGCCAGGACAUUGACCAGCUGAUGACGCCCUGGAUCGCUCGCGUCGGCUUUCCCGUCGUCACCGUGGAGGAAGCCCGCGAAGAUUCAGACGGCCAGACCACCCUGACCGUUCGUCAGUCACGCUUCCUCUCGACCGGCGACGUCAGCCCGGACGACGACGAGACCGUCUGGUGGGUGCCCCUGGGAUCCGGCACCCAGACAGCCGUCCAGACCAAGACCAAGCUCGCCCUCACGUCCAGACAGGCCGACAUUCCGGUCCGCUCCGACUUUUACGUCCUCAACGCCGGCGCCACUGGCUUCUACCACACCAGCUACCCACCUGCUCGUCUAGCCCGUCUGGCCACCCAGCUGGACCGCCUGCAGACCGCCGACAAGAUUGCCAUUGCCGCUUCGGCCGCCGAUCUGGCCUUUGCCGGCUGUGCCUCCACGCCUGCCCUGCUCGCCUUUCUCGACGGGUUUGCCGCCGAGACCCAUGUGCGCGUGUUGGGUCAGGCCCUCGACGGGCUCGCCCUCGUCCAGGACGUCUUUGGCAGCGACCCGGUCAUCGGUCGGGGUCUGCGCGCCUAUGUGCUCCGUCUGAUCGACCAUUCCCUGUCGGCGCUGGGCUGGGAGGAUCAGACCAGCACCGACAGCGAUGCCGACUACGGCCGUGCCGAGCUGCGCAAGCGUCUGCUGACGACCGCCAUCGACAACGGUCACGCCGGCCUGACGGCCGAGGCUGUCGCCCGCUUCGACGCCUAUGUCGCCGAUCCGACAGCCCAUCCGCUGCAGGCCGACCAUCGCGGACCAGUGUUUCUGGCAGCCGUGCGAGCCGAUCCAGUUCGCACGGUGCCCCUACUCAUGACCGAAUCGCGCUCCUCGACUGCGCCGGAUGGCCGCGAGGUUGCCGUCGUUGCUCUCGGCCAGACAUGCGAUCCGGCUGUCGUUGCCGACACUCUCCUGCCGUUCCUCUUCUCGUCGGCCGUCCCGGCUGCCGACGUCCACAUCAUGGCCGCCGGCCUCGCCGCCCACGACACCACUCGCCCCUUGCUCUGGCACUAUAUCCAGCAGCAGUGGGACGAUGGCGGUGCCGUCGCUAACCGCCUCGCCGGAAACCCCAUUCUGCUCGACCGCUUCGUCGGCGUCUCGCUCGCCCGCUUCGCCGACCUCGCCGACCUCGCCCAGAUCGAUGCCUUCUUCGCCACCCGCUCUACCGCCGGCUUCGACCGCACCCUCGCCAUCGCCAAGGAGGCUAUCCGCGCUCGUGCUGCCUAUCGCAGCCGUGACGAGACGCCACUGCGCGACUGGCUGCUGGCUCAUGGUUAUGCUUAG